AUGGAAGUCUCCAUGGACUCAACAAACACCAACCUCCCUCCACAAACACACCCGUAUCCGACCUCCCCAAGCACAGGAGGCCGCAAGCGCCCAAUCGAAGACACACACGACAUCCCAUCCCGACCGGCGAAGAACCACGCCGAAGACCCCAAAACGACAGCCCUGGACGACAAAGAGAACACGACGACCACUUCCUCCUCAUUCUCCCCCUCCCCAUCCAAACAAUCCACCACUGAAUCACCCGCACCCGCACAACCAGACGUUGUCGACUCCGGCGCAGGCCCGACCUCCCUCUCAGAGUCCACCAUGAACACAGUACCCGACUCAAGCUCGAACAUGAACCCUCCUUCCGAAGGAUCGGCGACGACCCCGGCCGCCAAGAAGCGAAAGCUGUCGCCUGCCAGUAAACAACAGGAGAAAGAGGCCAAGGAGCGGCAGCGGUUGGAGGAGAAGGCUAAGCGAGAGGAGGAGAAGGCUAAGCGAGAGGAGGAAAAAGCGAAGAAGGAGGAAGAGCGGAAGGCCAAGGAAGAAGAGAAGAAGAAGCGGGAUGCGGAGCGGGAAGAGGAGCGAAAGAAGAAGGAUGAGAGGCGGCGGGUGAAGGAGGAGGAGAAGGUUGCUCGCGAAGAGGAGAAGCGGAAGAAGGAGGCUGCUAAGGAGGAAGAGAAGAGGAAGAAAGAGGCUGCGAAGGAGGAGGAAAAGCGGAAGAAGGAGGAGGAGAAAUUGAAGAAGGAGAGGGCACAACCCAAACUGAACGCCUUUUUCGCCAAACCGAAGCCGGUUUCCCAGCCCGGACCCUCGACGGCUUCCCACUCGCCGAGCAAAGCCACGCGUGAUGCUCCCCCGGCCGACGCGGGGGCUGAGUCCCGCCCGACCUUGUCGGACUAUCAACGGCUGUUUCCCGAUUUCUUCCUCCAGUCCCAUACGACGGUGGCCCCGGUGAACCGGUUCGAACGGGACACCCAAGCCCUGCAGCACAUGCGGGACAAGGUCGACGCGCAGAUGAAAGCGGCAGCCAACCCUGCACCGCGCGCGAGGUUUCGACCGUCGGAGCUAUUCCAGAUGAUACCCUACCAGCGACGACGGGGGCGGAUCCCCGCGUCCGUUAAAGAGAUCCUCCUCCAGAUGCAGAAUCUGGGCGACCAGCCGGAGACGUCGGAGGCCGUGCAACGACCGCGCAACCUCCUGAAGCAGGUGCGGAUGAAGUCGCUCAAGUUCGGCGAGGAUGUGCGGCCGCCGUACCAGGGCACGUACACGCGACGCAUGCCCGUGGCCGAGGCGCACCGGCUGAUGCGGAACCCGUUCCACCGGGGGCUGCCGGAGACGAACUACGACUACGAGUCGGAAGCGGAAUGGGAGGAGCCCGAGGAGGGUGAGGAGCUGGACUCGGAGGAGGAGGAAGACGUCAGCGAGGACGGCGAGGACGACCUAGAUGGGUUUUUGGACGACGAGGGGGAUGACCAGCAGGCACCAGGACCGGGGAAGCGGCGGCUCAUCGUGGGGGAUCUGGAACCUGCCUGUUCGGGGCUUCAGUGGCAGUCAGAUCAUCCGGGGGGGACGUCAGUGGACCCCGAGCUCCAGCGGUACCGGAUAGAGACGAUCUCCGAUGCGGUUACAUUUCCGAUCGACCCUUUCUCGACAGCAUACUGGACGCCAGCACCGGCGCCUGUGGGGGCGGGGCCAGCAGGUCCCGGGCGGUCGUCGCUGCAUGCGUUCCUAGGGGGCGCACCAUCGGCGGGGACGGCGGGGAGUGCCGGGGGCGCAGAGGGGGCGGGACCCGGGCGGACCAAGCGAGCAUUUCCGGCGGACCAACUGGAGGAGUUCAAGCGGGCAGUGGACGGCAGCGAUUUGUCGAAGCUGGGGUUGAUCGAGAUCUUGAAGAAACGGUUCCCCAAAGUGUCGAAGGAGGUGCUAAAGGAGACGCUGAACAGCGUGGCGACGCGGGUGGGACAGAAGGAGGUGGAUAAGAAAUGGGUGUGCCAAUAG